CCCAGCCUUGCACAGCCCAGUCAGUAAACUCCCUCCCUCCUAGCUCGUCGACCUAGGGCCGCCGGCGGCGGCGGCCAACCCAACCCAACCCAACCCAGAGAUAGCUCCGCCCACCCCGAACUCUAGUUGCGUAGCAAGGGAGCAAACGGCAGGCAUGGAGGCGCCGAGGAUCCGGUCGGGCGAUGCAUUUUGUGUGCAGUAAAUCGGUGAUUCAGCCAUCUACUUAUGAAAGUAUAUACUAUGUGCUGAUGUUUCAUGUUUGAUUUUAAUUUCUAGCCCCGCCCCCGAGUCGCCAUCUGCGUGCUGCAUCCUACGGACUAUCACCAUACCGUUCGGGAUUUGAAGGAUUAUACCCAGAAGGGAUGCUUUCCAGGGAGAUAUCAGGCAAACCUGCAGGUGGUGCAACAUGUGCCACCAAUCAAUCAAGGCCCCUGUGUUGCUGGUACCGGAUUCAUGAAUAGUCCACAGGUUGAUUACACCAGUAAUCUACUAGCUUCUAACAGUGAGAGAGACAUUCUGGGAGCAAAUCAAGUGGACCAGAUGGCAGUGCAACAUGAGGGACAAUAUUUAGACUCCCAUGCUGGAUUUAUGAAUGGUCUACAUGUUGAUUACACCAUUAAUAACACUGAGAGUUCUGGAUACAAUCCUCCUGCCGGAAUACAGAUGGAUAUACCAUCCAACACUUAUCCUAUGAAUGACGACAUGUCUUAUAUGCCAUCGGAAAUUAAUAUGUUUGGUGGACAAUAUUCUCAUGUAGAUGCCAUGUCAAUCCAGAGCGACUAUUGCAAUACUUCGUUUUGGAAUGGUAGCAUGCCUGCUCCAAUCCAGGAUGCCACGACUAGUUACAGCCAGCCAUCGAUUCAUUCCUCUGCAUCUCUGGAUGAACGUUUUGAUCAGCUCCUAUUAUUGGAAAACAACUCAAUGCCCGAGCCUGGUGGACAAAAUUCGCAUGCUGAUGGGACGUCAACCCAGAACUACUACUACUACAAUCCUUAUUGAGAGUUUUGAGAUUGUGAUGUGCUAUAUGAAGUAUUUGAAUUAUCAUGUUUUUCUUGGAUAAUCGUGUCCUGUUCCUUGGACAAUGCUAUAUAUGUAAUAGUAUUGAUUGAUGGACAAGUACACGUUGUUUGCUUGGAA